AUGCGUGGUGCGACGAUAUUGAAGACCUCAGAUGACAAAACGAGACAACUCAACAAGCACACCCUUCUCGCAUUUUCUGGUGAAGCAGGUGACACAAUCCAGUUCGCUGAGUUCAUCCAAGCCAACAUUGCACUGUACACCAUGAGGAAUGAGACAGACCUGGGGCCGAGCGCUGUCGCAAGCUUCAUCCGCGGCGAGCUUGCCAGGAGUCUACGAAGCAGGAAGCCGUACAAUGUGAACCUGCUGCUAGGCGGCAUGGAUCCCAUCACAAAGCAGCCAAGUUUGUACUGGUUGGAUUAUCUCGCCAGCAGCGCAAAGCUUCCAUAUGCCGCUCACGGCUAUGCUCAAUACUACUGCCUUUCAAUUUUGGACAAACAUCACCACCCUGAUAUCUCAUUUGAGCAAGGCAUGAAGAUCCUGCGCAUGUGUACUGAUGAACUCCAACGGAGACUACCAAUUGAUUUCAAAGGAAUGACGGUCAAGGUCAUUAAAAAGGACGGAAUCGUGGAUAUGGAGUACGAUACCAGCAAACAAGUUCUUGCAGCCUAG